AUGGCUGAGCACCUCAGCUCCGAUUCCUCGCAAGUGCCGCAGGAUGGCGCUCAUCUUGCAGGCAGUGACCAGUUGAUUGCAGCGCUUCAAGCGAGACUGAAGCGAGCUUUAAACGAGCUCCGCGCUUGCAGGCAAAGCGAGAAUGCAACUGCGACGGAGAGGCCGCAUUUCAGCUGUGAUCUGAAGGAUCAUGCUGAUGUUUUGGGGCCUCAUCUUGAGGAAGCCUGCGUAACACCGAGCAGAACGACAAGGCUCAGUAAUGUUCAGGCCAACUCAACGCCUGCAUCUUGCAUGGAAGAGGUCGAUCGGAAGCUCACAGAGGAGCUGAGCAUGGCGAAGGCAUUAUUGAUGCUGAACAACGUCUCUCUUUGCAUGGACCUAGACGAGGGAGCCGAGGACCUAAGCGCUGCAGAUGUUGUCCGGCUGAAAGGCAACCCCCGCCUUAUACAGCUUCUCAUCACUCUGAAGCAAAAGGCGCUUGGGUUCGCAAGUGUCCCAGAUGUGCAGCGCUUCUACUGCCAACGUGUGCGGGAUGUUGCAUCGAAGCGAUACACGGAGCUCUUGAAGACCGAGUGCCUGCAAGGCGUCGAGGAUUCGCAGCUGAUUUUUCGUUCUUACAGUCCGGCGAGAAUCGCAUAUGUCAUCCUGGCACAUCAGUUCCCUCAGAAUGUGAAGCGGCUUAUCUCCAGACUGUUGCAACCCCUCGAGACCGUCUUUGCCGUGCAAAGCUUCAUUCAACGUGGACUUGCACACGUUGAAAAGCGCCCCUGA